UAUAUAUAGAAAUGGUGAAUAAUAUAUGUGUGUAUAUAUAUUAAUCACACAAGUAGGACGCACCAUGAGGACGCCCUCUUCCUAGCCUUAACUAUCGAUAGGAAUCUGAUCGUACAUCAUCAUAUCCACCCCAUAGAUCUUCAACUGACCCUCUUGUUUCUCUGUCUACAAAGCUCUUCUCUCCUCUCGUCUUCUCUCUCAAUCAGCUCCCUUCUCUCUCUUUCUCUUCUUCUUCUUUGUUUUUUUUUUCUUCUCAUCAUCGUCCUCAUCUUCUUCUUCUUCCUAGCCAGCUCCAAAUAUGCCCAGAUCUUCAGACCUUCCUGACUGUUUCUAUCAAAACCAGCCUAUCUUAAUCUCUCCAAGCCGCCCAACUCCCAAGCAUUCUCUUUAUCUCUCCAACCUCGAUGAUCAGAAGUUCCUCAGAUUCUCCAUUAAAUAUCUCUACCUUUUCAGAAAAUCCACCAGCUUAGAUGCGUUGAAGUAUUCUCUUUCCAGGGUUCUAGUGGAUUACUAUCCAUUGGCUGGGAGGUUGAGGACAAGCUCAGAAGACGAGCAGAAGCUUGAGAUUGAUUGCAAUGGAGAAGGUGCUGUGUUUGCUGAAGCUUUCAUGGAUUGCACUGCCGAUGACUUCCUCGAAGUUUCCAGCAGGCCAAACAGGUCUUGGAGAAAGCUCUUGUAUAGGAUAGAAGCUCACAGCUUCUUGGAUAUUCCUCCUCUCAUAGUUCAGGUGACCAGUCUCCGCUGCGGAGGGAUGAUCCUCUGCACCGCCAUCAAUCACUGCCUCUGCGACGGCAUCGGCACCUCCCAGUUUCUUCACGCGUGGGCCCACAUCACCGCCAAGCCCAACGGGGACCUACCAAUCGCGCCGUUCCACAGCCGCCACGUGUUGAAACCGAGAAAUCCGCCACAGAUCCCCUUUGAUCAUCCAGGAUUUACGAGGAUUGCCCCCGGCAAGGACCUGAACCUGAACCAGUACCUGCAGUCACAGCCGCUCGUCCCCACCUCUUUAACCUUCACCCCGUCUCAUAUCCUGGAGCUGAAGAGGCAUUGCACCCCAUCGCUAAAAUGCACCACCUUUGAAGCCCUGGCAUCUCACACGUGGCGGUCGUGGGUUAAAGCUCUGGACCUGUCCCCUUCACUCCAUGUCAAGCUCCUUUUCUCUGUGAACGUCAGAAAAAGAUUAAAGCCAGAAAUUCCACAGGGGUAUUACGGAAAUGGGUUCGUGCUAGGAUGUGCGGAGUCGACGGUGAAGGAGGUGGUGAGUGGUAACUUGCACAGUGGGGUGAAGCUGGUGCAGCAGGCUAAAUCAGCUCUAACCGAUGAUAACGUGAAGUCCAUGAUCGAUUUGCUGGAGGACAAAACAGUGAAAACAGACCUAUCGGCGACUUUGGUGAUAUCACAAUGGUCGAAGUUAGGGCUAGAGGAUUUGGACUUUGGAGAAGGAAAGCCACUGCAAAUGGGUCCUCUUCUCAGUGAUAUUUACUGCUUAUUUUUGCCCGUCAUUGGUGAUUUUGAUGCCACCAGAGUGCUGCUCUCGAUGCCUGAAUGCGCGGUCGACAAAUUCGAGUAUUACAUGAAGGAUUUGUCGGAUAGAGAUGAUUAUGACGUUGGUAAUGGUUAUGAAGGGGAAGAUAAUGGGUUGAUGAUUUGAAGUUUGAAGGAGGAUCGACUAAGUUUUUCCUUUUUCAUUUUCUUGUUAAAUUUGAUCUCUCCCACCUAAUAAACAUUAAUGGAAGUUGGUAAUGGGGAGCCGUUAACUCACUGUAAUUCUAGUGUUGAGGAGCAAUAUAAGAGACUAAUCAUAUCUGAAUGCCAACUUCUUUCCUGUUCAAAGGCUGUAUUUUCCAUUUUGUUC